AAAGAACGAAAAACACGGAAAGUGCAGUGGAGUUGGGUAGUGAGAAAGUCCAUAUUCUCUAUCUUCUUUUUUCUGGGCAAACAAACGAACAUCAUCUGUGUGGUAAUUGAUUCCUCAGAGAGAAUGGGAAAAAAGGAAGAAGAUUACAAGGAACAGAGGGAAGCAGACGUAGAAACAGAAGAAGAAGAAGAAGAAGAAGAAGAAUCGGAUUCAGAAGAGAAAUGGAGAAAGCACUAUUCGUCUGGGCAGAGGAUAUUGCUGGUGGGCGAAGGAGACUUCUCCUUCUCUCUUUCUUUGGCCACUCGCUUUGGAUCUGCCCGCAACAUGGUUGCCACUUCUCUCGAUUCCCAGGAGAAGAUUGCUGGCAAGUACAGUAACGCCAUAGAGAAUGUAAGGAAGCUUGAAGAAAGGGGAUGCAUCGUGAUUUACGGAGUGGACGCCCAGCUUAUGAGCCAACACUUCUUCCUCGCCACUCAGAGGUUUGACCGCAUCGUCUACAACUUCCCUCAUGUUGGCUUUCUCUUCCGCGAGGAUAGCUUCUGUCAGAUCCAGUUGAACAAGAGAUUGGUGAAGGGUUUCUUCAAAAAUGCCAAAUUACUCCUGAGAAAAGAGGGUGGAGGAGAGAUUCACAUAACCCACAAAGAGGGUCAUCCUUACAACGAAUGGGAUUUGGUCAGGAAGGCACACAAGAUUGGCCUGCAAAUCGAUCGAUCUGUGCCCUUCUGCAUGGACGACUAUCCCGGCUACCACAACAAGAGAGGCCACGGCAUCGAUUCCGACGCCCCCUUCCACCUUGGCGAUUGCACUACUUACAUGUUCAAAAUCAGGCUGCCUUGAUUAAUCAGCCUUCAUCAUCAUAUCUCCAUUGUAAUGUCUCAAAUUUUCAAUGGUGUUGGCUGCCCUGCCCCGCUGUUAACAUAAUAUUGCUUCUGAUGCCUGUGUCCGUGUCUGUCUGUCUACUCCCUGUCUGUCACUAGGACUGAUUGAGCAGGAUGCAUGUAAUGUCGAAGGAAAGAGUGACAUUCUUUCUGAUGUCCGUAUCAAGUCAACUCUAUUUUCUUUACUAUAAAUUAAAUUAUAUAUAAGUAAAGUUACGGUACCUCAA